AUGCCUGAACGCGACUCCGAGGAACGUCUCUCAACCAUCACGACGAGUACCAAUAACAUUGUACGCGCAGCUUCACCUGACAGUGCGCGGUCCAUUGUUUCAGCACAAAAAUGGCUGAGUGUUCCGCAACUGUCAACUCUACAAAAGGAUAUUAUUAAGUGCGCCACAGCGUAUCUUAUUGGGUCACUUUUCACCUUCGUACCAUAUUUUGCCUCACUGAUAUCAGACAUGGUUCCCAAUCAUGGUUCAACGGGGCCGAGUCCUGCUGGACAUAUGGUUGCUACAGUCACUGUCUACUUCAACCCUGCCAAAACCUUGGGUGCGAUGCAAGAGGCAGAUGUAUAUUGCCUUAUUGCUGCAUUGUUCUCCGCGUUUGUUGCGCUUGGAUCUAUGGACACGUUCUGGUUCUUUGAGAUCAAACCGGGAUGGGAAUGGUUAGCUGAUGCCCUCACAUUCAUGUGGAUUGCUGCUGCAAUGUCUAUUGUUGCCUGGGUCAAACAAUGGAUGAACAAACCAUCAUUUUCACCCGCUGCAUCGAUGGCUUCAAUAAUUAUAUUCAUCACAGUGGUCAAAGAAGGGGGACUGCACAUCCUAUUGCAAGUUUCGUUUAUUGUGCUGAUAGGUUCAAUAAUUUCAAACCUUGUCUGCAUACUUAUUUGGCCCCGAAGUGCAACAACCGCAUUGCAACGAGAUAUGUGUCGAUCACUCAACUCAUUCGCCACACUCCUGCAGAUCUUAACGAUGGCCUUUUUGCUGGAAGAAGAUCUCCAUUCGAACUCAGAAACUUUACUCCAAGCAAUCAGGGAUCACCAAGCCUCAUUUACAUCUCUGAAGAAGAGCCGGGAUGAAGCUAAGUCAGAAUGGUGGAAUCCCCGGAUACAGCGCCCUUCCGAUGCCUAUGAUGCUGCUGUGGACAGUAUGACUCGUCUUGCGCAGCAUAUAAGUGGGCUUCGUUCGGGGUUGCGCCUCGAAGUCGAAAUGUCACUAGCUAGACAUGAACUCACAGGCUUGUCAAACGUCGACCCCGAUACACAGAACGCGGUAGUGGAGAAGGAGUUUGCGCAAUUGGUCGACGAACUUGGGCCGCCUAUGAGCGCGCUUGCUUCAACUUGCGUCCGAAUACUCACAACAUUGCGAGAAUCGUUUACCGCUCACAUCGCUUCUUUGGCCACUCCACCGAGGGCGGAGCUGCAUCAUGACUAUGAUGAAUUGUCCUCGGAAAUAGGCCGGGCCUUAUUCACCGUUGAACGAACAUCCAACUACGCAUUAGCUCGUCUGUUUGAAAGAGAGCGCAACAAAUCUGUAGGCGGAAGUCGGGUCACUGAACAGGACCCCAUGUUUCUCUUUUAUUUCUUCUUGUUCACGUUGCAAGAGUUCGCCCGUGAACUGCAAGUCCUGACAGAAGCCAUGGGUAUCAUCCACCAAAUUGAGCACUCUGCCAUUGGCUGGACAGGCUGGUUUAUCUCAUGGUUACCUCCAAAUUAUGGGCCAAACAAGAAUGCACCAAAGGCGUCUAAGCUUUUCCCACCGGUCAAGCCCCAUGCACCGAAUACUAUACUUCGACCAUCACAUCUGUCCCUUCCGAUGUGGGGCAGGGUCAAACAGACGAUAUGGUCUUUUUUUCAGCGCUUACGAGAGCCUGACACCGUAUAUGCCAUUAAGACUGGGACCGGGACAGCCAUUCUCGCGCUUCCAGCAUUCAUAGAUUCCACAAGGCCUUGGUUCCUGGAGUAUCGUGGUGAAUGGGCUUUGAUAUCUUUCUUUGUCGUUAUGUCCAAGACAAUUGGGGCGACGAACGUCAUGGGUCUGCAUCGAAUACUCGGGACAUUGUGCGUGACUGGUUCCUCUCACCUGGGCACCAUCUCGACCCUGUUUCCAGAAAAGCCCAUCUUACUUGCAGCCUUCGGUUUUUUCUUCUCGAUGCCUUGCUUCUAUGUAAUCAUCACCAUGCCACCAUACGCCACAAGUGGCCGGUUCGUUCUCCUUGCGUAUAAUCUCACCACUCUUUUUUGUUACAAUCUCCGCUUCGAAGACCAAGCGGUUUGGCAAAUUGCGCUCUACCGGUCAUGUGCUGUAACCAUAGGCGUUGUGUGGGCGUUAAUUGUGAGUAGGUGGUGGUGGCCUUCCGAAGCUCGUCGAGAGCUUACGAAUGGACUCUCAGAAUUUUGCCUAAACAUUGGAUGGCUAUAUACAGCACUCGUAAAGAUGAACUCACAGAGUGGCGAGAUACCAGAUCCCCAUGCCCACCAGCGUAUUGGAUCGGAAGACGUUGAAGAUGUGCAACUUCUGCCCACUAUCCACGCAUCGGAGGCCUUAUUCAUGGAAAUGGAGUUACACCUGCAGCUAAAGCUUCUGGAACUGCAAGGCCUGCUAGUCCAAGCAGGAAAUGAGCCGCGGUUGAAGGGGCCAUUUCCUGUCACUUUCUAUAGGAAUAUUUUGACGAGUCUGCAAAACAUACUGGAUAAAUUGCACAGCAUGCGAUGUGGUAAGACGAAUUUCAUCAGGGCAGUCAACAAGGAGCGCCGCGAAAUGGUCGGCAAUGUUAUCUUAUACUGCUCUGUACUUUCAGCGGCUUUCGGUUCAAAGUCGCCUUUAUCACCUUACCUCCCACCAGCUGAGCAGGCCCGACAAAGACUCGUCGAUGCAUUGCGACGCUUCGAUAUGACCGAGAGUAUGGAAGGACACGAGUCCAGACAAUUGUUAUACGUGGCGUAUGCGCUAAUGAUGAAGGGUGUGAUUUCCGAAUUGGAUUCUGUGGGGCAUUCAUUGCAAGAAGCGUUUGGUGUAGUUGGGUAUCAUGGACCGCAAGACUUCGAUAGCAUUUUCGAGACUGAUGGUACCGGCAGCGACACCAGUUCGCCACGGGUUUAG